AUGGGCUGCUCGAGUAGUCAACUUCCCGAGGCGCCCGAUGCGGUCGGCCCCGCACGGACCUUGCUCACCUCCCCCAGCAAGGAGAAGAUCGUCACUGAGGAUGAGAAGAAGGCCUUGGAAGGAGCGCUCAACCAUCGGCGCCUGCAGAUCUGGGUGCUCCGUGCCGAGCUCCUAAGGAGCUUCGAGAGCUUUGGGAAGAUGGAUCCCUUCGUCGUGGUGGAGCAUGUCACCAGCAGUGGCCAUGUGUGGGAGUUCGCACGCACGAGGACGGAUUGGGGAGGUCACAUGAAGCCGAACUUCAACCACCUGUGUCGCAGCUUGGAGGUGGAUGGCGAUGAUGUGAUCCGCUUUCGUUUGCUGGAGAAGAACUUUGGUGAUUUGGGCAAGCCGACUUUCUGCGGCGAGGCCUCCGUCCCGGUCCGGGUCCUCCUCCGCAGCGACGUCCAAAGCUCGGCGGAGCAGGUGGAGCCCUGCAAGUUGAAACUGCUCCGCAACGACGAGGAGACCGGAGUCCUGAUCGUUCAGGUGGGCCUGGAGGAGCAGAGCACAGAAGCUGCCUUCACCAGGAGCAGCGCGAAGAAGUUCGAGAUGCCCACCCGUGUGCCAGGCCGCUCCUCACUGUGGGCCUUGACGUUGAAGGAGGCGCCCAUUGGCAGCUCCCGGCAAUGUUGGAUCGGCAAGGACCUGAACCGGGCUCAUCCGGAGGUGGCCUUCUACGAAGAGGCGCUACAGGAGGCGCUACAGGAGGUACUACAGAAAGAGGCAGUAAGGACUCCCUAUGCGAAGGAGUUUAUCGGCCCUAGCAUGUCUGCGCCGGCCGGCUGGUGUGCAGUCUGA